UUCUUUUCACUUUCAGGACACCGAUCGAUGACUGUGACUCAGCUGUGACAGAAAAAGGUUGCAUUCAAUGCCAACGUCGUUCAGGCAAAUAACAUAGUUGAAACGUGUGCCAGACUGAAGGCUUCGAGCCGAUACUAUUAUCUUUCCGUCACUGAGUUUGUUGUCAGCGGGUUUGCAUAAUUGAAACCAUGGCCGUCGCAAACUCCUACGUGAUUUUGAACGGGAAAGUUGAGGGCUGUAAGAGUAAGACAAGCUGGUCACCAGGGGACCCGCUACCAUGGACAGCAAACAUCUGUCAGGGAGUUCCCUUCAACAUAGCCAUCAAGUACGAGCGGUGCAAGGAGAUCCCUGAUUUUAAGACAAAGGCGGAUGACGUCUUCAUUGUGACUUAUCCAAAGUCUGGCACGACGUGGAUGCAGCAGAUCGUGAAGUGUCUGCAGACGAAAGGCUAUCCUGAAACCGUUGAGAAGACCGUAGGAGAGCUCAAUCCUUGGUUUGAGGAAAUGGAGCAGAAGGAUGCAGAUGCCAUGACGUCACCACGCAUCUUUAAGAGCCACAGCCCAUACCACAUGGCAGCGAAGGGCAACACACCGGAUAGCAAGUGCAAGUACUUGCACGUCGUACGCAAUCCGAAGGACGUGUGUGUGUCGCAGUAUUACCACUACAAGGGCUUCUGGGAGUACGAAUACACUGGGGAAUUCCCAGAGUUCUGUGACCUUUUCAUUCAUGGCCAAGUGGAGUGCGGGUCUUGGUUUGAUUUCGUUAUGUCUUGGUACACGUGCUCGGAAGAGGUGCUUCAUAUCACCUACGAGGAUCUGAAGGCGAGGCCUGCCGAGGUGAUUCCGAAAGUGGCCAACUUUCUCGGCUUGGAAUGCAACGACACCAUUGUUGGUCUAACCAUAGAGAAGAGCAGCUUCUCCAAGAUGAAAACAGAUGCAAAGAGCAACAUGACGUGGAUGAACGAUCUACGCCACGCCGGUGCUGUCCCGUUCAUGCGUAAAGGAAAGGUGGGCGAUUGGCGGGGUCAUUUCACUGAGGAGCAAAGCCAGCGCCUCGACGCUGUCUUCCAGGAGAAGAGCAGUGCCGAGAUGCGCAUAGCUUUCUGGGGCAAGGACAUAGCACAGACUCUGGAGGCAGUGCAGGGUGAUGCCGAUCAGGAGAGUGAGUCGCCAAGUUGAGUGACUACCCGAUUUUGGCGAAUGCGAAUAGUGCCGAGUGCUUGCUGGAUUAGCGGCUUCAAUGAUUUCUCAAUCAAGGUGCCUAUUUGCCUUGUUUGUAAUUUACUUCACUUUCACACAACAGCACUACCAUCAUUUUCACUUUGUGCCGGUUUUAUCAGGAUUGUACACUUUGUUCCACUCCGAAUUUAGCAUGUUCGAAAUACUAGAAAAUUCUCCAAACCCCCCUACUUUUUACAAACACUAAAUUAACUUUCGCUGCUAUAUCUUGGUUUUCAGCUGGUCCAUGAUGGCUUUCAAAUAUCUCUCCAGAGUUA